ACACAAAUAUAGAAUCUUUAAAAGAAUUUUUAUAUAAAGUUAUUUUCUACAAAAAGCCUGGAGAUAUUCUGCCAAACAUUGAUAUGAAAAAAGAAGACAUUUGUAUGAUAUGCAAAAGUGUUAUAGAUCUAAGUCUAAAGAAAUCAAUUGCAAUUUUAAGUUGCAAACACUUUUACCAUAAAGAAUAUAUUAAUGAUAAAUGUCCGCUCUGUCAAGAAAAAACUAAUGAGAUUGAAAAUAUAUUGUUUAAUAGACAAGAAAGUAACUGUUCUAUUAGUUUAUUAUUGAAUUUAGAAUGUACUAUUUCUACCCUUACUAUGCGUAAUGAACUUACUGAACCCACCAUGUAUAAUGAACUUAUUGAACCUACUAUGCAUAACGAACUUACUGAACUCACUAUACAUAACGAACUUACUGAACUCACUAUGCAUAACGAACUUACUGAACUCACUAUUCUAGAGCAACAUUCAAAACAACAUCCAAAACAACAUUCAAAACAACAUUCAAAACAACAUCCAAAGCAAUGUCCAAAACAACAUCUAAAGCAACGCAAAUGA